AUGGAAGUGAAUUGCUUAACACUAAAAGACUUGAUUAGUCCAAUGCACACGAAGAUGAAUUUUACAGAUGAAGAUGGGGAAAAUGCUCAAAAGGAAAACAUAUUUGAUCUCCCUAGAAUGACUCCAAAGACUCCCAUGAAAAAUGAACCCAUUGAUUUGUCAAAGCAAAAAAGCUGUACCCCAGAGAGAAAUCCAAUUACACCUGUUAAGCUGAGUGAUAGGCCCCUGACAGAUCCAUGGACGCCCACAGCUAACCUGAAGAUGCUUAUUAGUGCUGCCAGCCCUGACAUGCGGGAUAGGGAAAAGAAAAAAGAGCUUUUUAGACCUAUUGAGAACAGUGAAUUUGGUGACGCUUUUCCUGAUUCCUCACAGAGUGAUGCAGUAGACGAAGGAACAGCAGAUGACUAUGAAAAGCAGAGGCCCAGCAGAAAGCAGAAAAGCUUAGGACUGUUGUGCCAAAAGUUUUUAGCUCGUUACCCCAGUUACCCUCUAUCAGCAGAAAAAACAACAAUUUCUUUGGAUGAAGUAGCUUCUAGUCUCGGAGUUGAACGCAGGCGAAUUUAUGACAUAGUGAACGUCCUGGAGUCCCUUCAUCUUGUUAGCCGAGUGGCUAAGAACCAGUACUGUUGGCACGGGCAGCACAGCCUGCGUCAAACUCUGAAAAACCUCCAAGAAAUCGGAGAGCUGCAAAAAUAUGAAGAGCUGAUGGCUUAUUUCCAGCAUAAAGAAGGAGACCUUGAGUGUAGAUUUGGAGAACACAAACGAGAGACCUUUAUAGAUUUCCAAGACAGACAGUUGCUUGACUUCUCAGAGACAGAUUGUCCGUCUGCAUCUGCAAGCAGCAGAAAGGACAAGUCGCUGAGGAUUAUGAGCAAAAAAUUUGUCAUGCUGUUCCUUGUCUCCAAGACCAAGAUAGUCACUCUUGACAUAGCAGCAAAAAUAUUGAUAGAAGAAAGUCAGGACACUGCAGAUCACAGCAAGUUUAAAACAAAGGUACGAAGACUGUAUGAUAUUGCCAAUGUCCUGACAAGCCUGGGGCUCAUAAAGAAAGUUCAUGUAACAGAAGAAAGAGGUCGUAAGCCAGCCUUCAAAUGGAUUGGGCCUGUGGAAUUCAGUGGUGAUUGUGGUGAUGUAAAGGUGGACAAUUCAACCUGUGCCUCUUUGAAAGAAGCGAACGGGGGGAUCCGUGUUCCACACCAAGCUUGUGUUAAUGGGAAGGAGCGUCUCUCACGGCAUGCUUCUUUUAACAACGCUCAGCCUUCCAAAGUGGUCAAGAGGAAGGUCAGCUCUGAACCCAGCAGUCCGCACAGAGGGAAGCAAGAAAAUUGCUGCUCCAAAAUGAUAAAUCUGGCAUCUGUUUGCUGCCAGAGGAUGGAAGGUGAUAUAAGUAAAGCUAUUGCCACUGAAAGAACAAAAAACCUAGGCAUAAUUUCUCCCUUCCCAGUUCUUCCUGUUCCUGGAGACUCUGACUAUUGCCUUAAAGCCUUCCCUCACCUGUCAACAAGUGCCUGCUCAGAUACUCCACACCUCUCUCUACCAAAUGGAAUGAAAGAUCACGUUCCACCAUUGUCUGCUCUGUCAGCUUCCAGAACUGAGACUGGGAAAUCCGCUGUGCUCUCCAAUCAAUCUCUUGUUUACUUACCGUCUCCAUCUCUCUAUAUGCUGUGUGGAAGUCUUCAUGAAAGUCUUUCAUCUAUGGAGGACAAGGGAAUUAUAGGCUUCCAAGGACAGACUUCACCCCACCCACCAGAAACUGCUGAAUGUCCACUUGACUAUCGUAAGCGGAGUUCCCGAAACUGUGCUUCCCCCGCUUCAGCUGAAGAGGAACCUACUGCCAAAAGGCAAAGCAUGGAGCAAAAUGACAGCCCCAUAUCACUGGUGCUAUCUAAGAAGACUACUAAGCCAAUGGAUCCAGAGGUUUCCCCAGAUCAUAACUGCAAUUCCAUCGACCAAUUAAGAGCUUUCCGGGUUGAAUCAGGGAUUCCUGUCAUUGUGGAAGCUUCCAUAAAGGAGACAGCAAAACUCUUAGAAACUCAAGAAAAGCCAUAUAGGAGUAAAGUUCUGAAAGAAAACAUGAAUGAAAAUGAACAGGUAUCUCAAGAAAAUGGCAAACAGUCCUUCUUACCACAGUAUCUUUAUGUACAGCCUACAUCAGGAUUGAACAAUUUUAAUUUCCUGUUUCCUGCCAACCCGCCUUGUGAUUCGGUCAGCCUCCACUCGAGCCGUUUGCCUUCGAUUGGCGUUCCCUGCGUGGUGGUCCCGUCUCCUGCACUGGCGUCUUUCCCUCUUAUCUGUUCUCCAGCGGUCACAAACCAGCUUUCUUCUGCUCCUGCUGGCUCUUUCUCCAAUGUCUCCUGUAUGAAUUUCAGCAUGCCUGGCCUGACUUCUGCGGCCCCUGUGUUCAUUGGGACCCCCGCAGUUAUUACUCCAAACUCAUCACAGCUCUCGACCCUGGACCCACACCAGCAGAUUCAUUCAGCUGCACGCCUGGGCUCUGUGCUAGGAUCCGCUUGCGGCUCUGUUAAAGUAGACUCGUCAGCUUGCAUGGGCCACCCGCUUACCCUUCUCAAAUUGCAGCAGCCUUCUUCAGCCCCCCUGACUCCUAAGAGCAUUCGUCCUGUACACCAAGAAACAUUUUUCAAGACCCCUGGCAGCCUUGAAGAUCCUGUCGCAUGGCGAAAAAAUGAAGGCAAUCAGAGCAGAACUGCCAGUUCUGUUCAAAGAAGGCUAGAAAUCUCCAGCAGCAGCUCUGGCUAAUCCAGCUCAUUGCAAGAGGUGUGGGCAGCUUAGAAUAUAGCCUCAUAUGCUACAGA